AUGCUGGGCAAGGAUUACAUGCUGGCCAUCAUUCUGGUCAACUGUGAUGAUGACUUGUGGGGGGACCAGAAUCUUGAGGGAGAGCCAGGCCUGCCCCCUGGCUGGAGGAAGAUACGCGAUGCUGCAGGUACUUACUAUUGGCACGUACCCAGUGGCAGCACCCAGUGGCAGCGCCCAACCUGGGAGACAGGAGAUGCAGAGGACCUAGGCACGAGGACGGAAGGGAUUUGGGGACUUCGGCCCCCCAAGGGGAGAUCCUUCUCCAGCCUGGAGAGCUCACUGGACCGGAGGAACUCUUUGUCCUGGUACGGUGAGGAAUCCUACAUCCAGAGCAUGGAGCCAGGAGCUAAGUGCUUUGCAGUCCGCUCCCUGGGUUGGGUAGAAGUACCCGAAGAGGAUCUGGUACCAGGGAAGAGCAGUAUUGCAGUCAAUAACUGCAUCCAGCAACUGGCCCAGACUCAUAGCCGUAGCCGCAGCCAGCCCCCAGAUGGUGCCUGGGGUGAGGGCCAGAACAUGCUGAUGAUCCUGAAGAAGGAUGCCAUGAGCCUGGUGAAUCCUCUGGACCAUAGUCUGAUACACUGCCAGCCUCUGGUGCACAUCCGUGUGUGGGGUGUGGGCAGCUCCAAGGGCCGUGACAGCCCCAUCUCUGCCCCUGCCAGGGACUUCGCUUUUGUGGCUGGUGACAAAGACAGUUGUAUGCUCAAGUGCCAUGUGUUUCGCUGUGACGUCCCUGCCAAGGCCAUUGCCAGUGCCCUGCAUGGGCUCUGUGCCCAGAUCUUGUCAGAGCGAGUAGGUGUCAGUGAGGAUUCUCCUUGCUCCCUAGACCCCAUCUCCCCUGAGGACCUGCCACGGCAAGUGGAGCUGCUGGAUGCGGUGAGCCAGGCUGCUCAGAAGUAUGAGGCACUGUACAUGGGGACCCUGCCAGUCACCAAAGCCAUGGGCAUGGACGUGCUGAAUGAGGCCAUUGGUACUCUCACCAACCGGGGGGACCAGGAUGCCUGGGUCCCUGCCAUCCUCAGCGUGUCUGACUCUCUCAUGACUGCACAUCCCAUUCAGGCAGAAGCUGGUGCAGAGGAGGAACCACUAUGGCAGUGCCCUGUGCGCCUUGUGACCUUUAUUGGUGUUGGCCGUGACCCACACACCUUUGGCCUCAUCGCUGACCUGGGCCAUCAGAGCUUUCAGUGUGCAGCCUUCUGGUGCCAGCCCCAUGCAGGGGGGCUUUCCGAAGCUGUGCAGGCUGCUUGCAUGGUUCAGUACCAGAAGUGUCUUGUGGCCUCUGCAGCUCGAGGCAAGGCCUGGGGUGCCCAGGCCCGGGCCCGCCUGCGGCUCAAGCGGACCAGCUCCGUGGACUCCCCAGGAGGUCCCCUGCCCCUCCCCCUGCUCAAAGGAGGGGUUGGGGGUGCAGGGGCAGCCCCUCGAAAACGGGGUGUCUUCUCUUUUCUUGAUGCCUUCCGUCUGAAACCCUCUCUGCUCCAUAUGCCCUAA